CGCCGGCCGCUCCUAGCAGUGCUGCGGAGUUGGACCGCCGCAGUGCGAGUAGCUGCCCGGCGUGGCACCCGCGUCCCUGAGGUGGCCCUCUGCUUGGUUGCUCAGCUAAGCGGCUGCCGGGAAACGCGACAUCCGCUGAGUGCAUGAUUUUGCCCCGUCCGGCUCCUGGAGGGCUUUUGCAGUACUAUCAAUAGGUUUCACUUGGCAAUUCAGGCAUGCUGUAUUAGCCCUCUCUUGACGAUAGGCAUCUGUGAGCAACUAAGACCUACAAUUUUUUUUUUUUUUUAAAUUGGGUGAAGUGACAUUAUGUCCCCUUCUCUAGAGCAGUUCAGGGGCUAGAGCACCUGUCUAGAACUUGGUUUGGUUCUGUAUAUUCUGACCAAGGACACUGAUGUUAACAUUGCCCAUCCAUUCACCCUGAUGUCAGCUGUUCUGGACAGGGUAUUCAUCUGUGUCUUUUAAUGCCCAAAUACUACUGCUUAAAACAGCUUGAGGUGUAUUGAGCAUGAAGGGAAGAGCAGGAAACAGCUACCACCUGGUCCCUGGGGCUUUUGGCAGAGGUAGGCUCUGCUCUCUUCCCCAGGAACAGGUUUUCAUUAUUUAUUCCUAAUGAAACAGCUUUGACAAGAAUAAGAGUAGUUCUUUUUUGAGAAAUAAUUGAUGAUGCUUUCUUAGAAUAUGUUUGACCAACCAGGUCUUUCCAUUUUACCUAUGCAUGCAAUGUAGUGAAAUGUUUUGUACAAGGAGACAUCCAACUCUCCUCACCUUUUUUCCUUGCAUUUACAGGACAGCAGCGAUUACUACUGUUGUUUAUUUGCUUGCUUUUGUGAUAUCUUAAACUAAGAGGCACAACACUUCAGAAACCUCUUAUGUGGGACAGGUGGAAAAUAUCAGGUGAUCCUGGAUUUUUCUGUAGAAUAGAAGUGACAGAACUCUUACGGUUCCUCUAUCCCUCUUUAAUUACUACUCCAAUAAGAACAGUGGACCUUGAAUUGUUUUCCUCUUUUGAGCAGCUCAACAGAUUCAUACACUUCAAAAAAAUGGAGCUAUUUGUUAGAGCCCUGCAGUGCUGCUGUUGAGCCCAUGUAACCUCUGUUCCUGAAAUGGUCCUUAAAGUAUCUUCAAUAUUAGAAGAGUAAUUUUUUCAAAAGUCUUUUCAGUAAUGAUAUUUAGAAGCACUCUAUUUACCUUGAUUCUGGGAAAUCAAUCAGCUUAAUUCAAGCAAACAAUUAGCCUUUUCUAUUUGAUAUAUCUAAAUUGCUUUUAAUUGUGCUUUUGUGUUUUCAUGUGCUAUAGACAGUGAAUGCAAGAUUAGGAAAUGAAAUUUCGUACACUCGUAACUGUUGCUUUUAUUUUGUGACGUAGCUGGAUCAGCUACAAUGGAGUCAUUUGGAAUAAAUCAUUGACACUGUACCUUGUUUGCUCUGUUAAUAAAAUACCUUACAUCCCCAGCUCCUGCCCCACUGCUCAAGUGUGUUCUAAUUGCAUUGUGGCUCGAUGGCAACUUAAGUGUUUCUAACAUGUUCUGCCAGAGACUAACUACUGUCUGCUACAGAAAGAGGCAGCAUAUCUUUCUUCAAAUCGCCUAUGUUUUUGAGGCAAGGUUAGAGAGAGGUGUUUGCUGUUGGCCUGUGGCUUAUCUGCUUUUAUUAAGGAUUCAAAAAACAGUGAGAAAGUACUUGAUAUUAGUUUGGAGCCAUCUCUGCUGAAGCUUUCAGAACCUUCUAUAUUGCUGUUUCAUUUUCUAGUGUUUUGGAAACCAAAACUGGAGUACCUAUUUAGUAUAUCUACUGUGAGAGUAACAGGUAUGACAACCAGGACAAGAAAGGACACCCUCAUGUUUAUGCUAAAUACUAAACAUGCAGUUAUUAGUCCUGGUCGCCUAACUGGCAAAUACAAAUAUUUUUAUAUUAAACUAUUGCAUAUUAGUUUCUAGCCAUGGCAGACAUAAUUCUUAUUCUCAAGACACUGUUUGUAUUCUUGUUCCCAACAUCCUUCCUUGCUUUGAAAGAUGUGAGUCUCUUUUGGAGACUCCACUGAAUAAACUAGCUCCCAGACUAUCAUGUACAAGUGUAUCAAUCUCUUAACUCGGAGCAUAGAGAUGGAAAGGUUAACUACGAUUCAGAUCUUGUUCAUGGGGGGAAAAGGAAAUUAAAAAAAAUAGAAACAUUUGUUCAAAUAUCUGUAGGUAAAGGUGAUACUGUUACUUGGAAUUCUGAAAUAGCAGGGCCCUUGGCUUCUUUAGCAGCUUAGCUGAGCGCUGUAAAAAUAUUUUGCUUACCACAGCUAUGCAUGGAGCUAUGGCUCAGUUUGAUAUUUCUAAGUAAGUAAGUGAUGCAAAAUUCUUCUCUGAAUUAUAUAUUACCAGGCCUCAGGUGUAAUGAUUAGAUGACAGCCCCAAACCAUCAUCAUCUUAGGAAAAGAAGAGGCUGGAAUCAAGAGGCGGUAGCUUCACUGCUAUCUUGCCUUAAGCUGCUAUGCUUUUCUCCAGAAAGCUGAUAGUGGCACAUGAGGCAUGCUGAAAGUAUACACCAGACUCCAGCUCUCUUGCAUGGAGUUAUGGAGUACCUGCAGGUUACAGAUGUGCAGGACAGAUCUGACAAUGUAAGAAGAUCAAAACUAUUCAGCAUCUAAAGGGAAAGAUCAGAUUCUGUGCAAUUGUUUUCAUUGCAGUUAGCCUUCUGUUAACACAUAAUUCUGGUCCUCAGUUUUUAUUUUAAACUGUUCUUGAACAGAAGCAUAAUUUUAUAUCUGUUCAUUUAUUGGCAAGUUCUAAGCAGUACAUUAUUGUGCAUUAAGCCUGGUUCUAAAACAGUGGUGGAGCUAGCCUGAUCUUUACAGGUUGGACUUGUUUUAAAUUCUGCAGUUUUGUGACAAGAAAUAAAUAACCUAUCUUUAGAAAAACAUGAAAUACAAACAACAGGUUAGCUGAUGCCCAGAUCACAGUAGCAUUCAUCUGCCUUAACUAUUCACCCCUAAUAGCCCUUAUGUUCACCCUUAACUAUUUUGAGAAACAUUAUGUGAUUAUUACAGACUUUUCCAUCAAAAGGACUGUGUGAACAUCUGCUUCAGCGAUCACAACAUAGGUACAUUGAGUAUGCGCCCAUUGGGUAACACAGUGCUAUCUUAGGAAGCGUGCUUGCUUUUGACUCCUGUUUAAAAGCUGUGGUUUUGUUUAACUAAGUAGUCUGCUGUUUUUUUGAUGCUCCAGUCUAGUAUUUCAAAAAUAAAGAGAUUUAUUUAUCUUCGCUGUGGAUUGCUUUAAGUCAAAGUUCAGUUUUCAACUACAUUUGGUACAGCAAACUCUUCAAGUGAGCUGCCCUGAGGAAAAUGAGUCUGAUUGAUUGAUUAUCAUUAAUAGAGUGAAAUUUUUAAAAGUAGGAAAAGAAAAUUUGUCACUCAGCUGCCAUCAGUAAUUAUCAUCAGUUUUUCAUCAUGAGCUCAGGUAAAUUGUUUUUUUAAGAUUACCCUACUCAACGCCUGUGCUAUCACCCAGACCUGGCUGUUCCUGCUGUCUCACUAGGCCUAUGCGCAUAUUCUGUGACUCCUGCUGCAAAUUUGUGUCAUCACCUUGGCAGAAGCCCAUCCUCUUCUUCAAAAUGGAAAAAAAAUUAAAAGCAUUAAUUACCAAAUCAGUGCCAACUGUAGCAGACUUCAAAAUAAGGUCUCUGGGAAGUCAAAAAGGGAUAUCCUCCUCAGAUGGAGAAGAAUACACCAUCUAUAGUUGUAUACGAGGGCGACUGAUAGAAGUGAAUGAAAACAUUCUUAAUAAUCCAGCUAUUCUGCAAGAAAAGCCAUCAACUGAGGGAUACAUAGCAGUCGUUCUGCCCAAAUUUGAAGAAAGCAAGAGUAUAACUCAAGGACUUCUGACGCAGAAGGAGUAUGAAGAAGUUUUAUUGAAACGUCUUAAUUCUUCUUCAUGAAAUUAAGUAUGCAGGUAUCAUCUGUAUUUGAUAAUAAAUGAAUGACUUGUAUUGUACACUAUAACUUCCAUUAUAUUGAAAGGCCUAGUGUCUAUUUUUAAAAGUGGAAUUUAAACACUUGUUUCACACAAGAAUAAAAUGUUUCAAAUA